GCCCCGGCGGCGCGGCCGCUUCCGGCGCACGCAGGCGGCAGCGCGCACAUGGCGGGCACGGCGCCUCCCGAGGACGUGGAGCGGCUCCUGAUCCAGUUCCGCGAUGAGGCCGGGGAGCCCCUGGGGUCCCCCUUCGACGUCCCGCUCCGCAUCACGCCGGGCGAGCUGCAGCUGGUGUGCAACGCGCUGCUGCAGGAGGUGAGGCCGCCCGCCCCGGGGCACCGGGCGUCCUGGCACCCGGGCUGCCCCGCGCCACCGCUCCUGCCCCUUCUCUUCCAGGACGACCCGGUGCCGUUGGCCUUCUUCUUCCGCGAUGCCGAGAUCGUGGUGUCGCUGGAGAAGACCCUGGCGGGGCAGGCGGUGGAGACGGAGAAGGUCCUCGACAUCGUCUACCAGCCGCAGGCGGUGUUCAGGGUGCGGGCGGUGACCCGCUGCACCAGCUCCCUGGAGGGGCACACCGAGGCCGUCAUCUCCGUCGCCUUCAGCCCCACGGGAAAGUACCUGGCGAGCGGCUCUGGAGACACCACGGUCCGCUUCUGGGACCUCAGCACGGAGACGCCGCAGUUCACAGCUAAAGGUCACCGACACUGGGUGCUCAGCAUCGCCUGGUCUCCUGAUGGCAAGAAGCUGGCCUCAGGCUGCAAGAACAGCCAGAUAUUUCUCUGGGACCCAGCCACCGGCAAUCAGAUCGGUCGGGUUCUCGCCGGCCACUCCAGAUGGAUCACGUGCCUGUGCUGGGAGCCGCUCCACAUAAACCCGGAGUGCCGCUACCUGGCAAGUGCCUCCAAGGAUGGCAGUGUCCGCAUCUGGGACACGGUGAUGGGCAGGUGUGACAAAAUCCUGACGGGCCACACGCAGUCGGUGACGUGCGUGAAGUGGGGUGGCGAUGGCUUGCUCUACUCCUCCUCCCAGGACAGAACCAUCAAAGUCUGGAGGAGCCAGGACGGCGUCCUCUGCCGCACCCUGCAGGGCCACGCUCACUGGGUGAACACCAUGGCCCUUAGCACCGACUACGUUCUCCGCACCGGUGCCUUCGAACCUGCUGAAGCCACCAUCAACCCGCAGGAUGUGAGCGGCUCCUUGGCAGAACUGAAGGAAAAGGCACAGCAGAGGUAUGAAAAAGUCAGGGGCUCAGGACCAGAAAGGCUCGUCUCGGGGUCAGAUGAUUUCACGCUGUUUCUUUGGAAGCCAGCAGAAGACAAGAAGCCACUGGAGAGAAUGACAGGCCACCAGGCACUGAUUAACCAAGUCCUGUUCUCACCAGACACGCGGAUAAUAGCUAGUGCUUCCUUUGACAAGUCAAUAAAGCUCUGGGAUGGCAGGACAGGAAAGUACCUGACGGCGCUGAGGGGACACGUCUCGGCUGUGUAUCAGAUCGCCUGGUCAGCCGACAGCCGCUUGCUGGUGAGCGGGAGCAGCGACAGCACGCUGAAGGUUUGGGAUGCUGAGACAAAGAAACUGGCCAUUGAUCUUCCCGGCCAUGCGGACGAGGUGUUUGCAACAGAUUGGAGCCCAGACGGACAAAGGGUAGCGAGUGGAGGGAAGGAUAAGUGUUUGCGGAUAUGGCGUAGAUAGGAGGAGCGACACGAAGCCACCGUUCCUGUCCUAAGCUGCCCUGCCCGUCGGCUCGAUCCGUCUGGGAGAUCGGAAGGUGAUGGACAGCAGGGGCUGACCUGAGCACAUCUCCUUGUUCCUGUUACCUGCUCUCCCUCAUGGACCCUUUCCUUAUAUUUAUUUAAGGAAAUUUUAAUUCCGGUUCUUAUUAA